AUGGAAGAAGCUGGUAAGUUACGGAAACGUAAAGGUAACGUGACGGCAGCCAUAACUCAUCAGCGAACAGUAGCGCAACAACGUCGAAUGCUCGAGAAUGUUGAAUUUGAGAAGUUGUCUGCUGAGUUGCCGAUUGCUCGUGCAAUCAGUGGACAGCAUAUCGAUAAGGUUUGCUUGAUUCGGUGUUCAUCAAUUUUUAUGAUGCAAUCGCUUUGUUCGAUUCGACAACACCUUAUAUCAUCUGAUCCACGGGUACAGUCUGCUGGAACGGCGAUUUUGAACAUUCGUAUGAAGUCAACACUGACAAAGAGAGCCAAUAAAGAUGUGAUGAAGUGUUCAGCUGGUUAUAAGGUGAUACAAAUGGAAACUUCUCUAAUCCAGAGUGUUCAUUGCAAUUGCAUUGUCGCAUUCUGUCAACCACUUCCAGUACUAAUCUACACAUCAAUUCGUCUUGAUUCAUAUUCAUUCGCAAUAACCGCCGAUGUCGAUCUUGCCAUUCAUUAUGUUGACGCGAGGUGA